AUGUGGUUAAGUCACGUCCUUAUCGCUGCAAAGGUAGUUUUGCUCGUUCGUGGUAAUCAAGUCGUAGACGAUGCUGACUGUGCGAAAACCCACGACUGGUCUCAAACCCCUUGGCUCCCAUCGUUUUCGUUUAAUAACUUAAGCACCGGAACAAUGCAACCUGCUGAUAAUUCAAUGCCUUCAUUUGGUUCGUGGAAUCCAUGGUUAUCGUUUUCUAACUGGAACAUGGCUUCACCAUCCGCAAAUGGAGCACCUGAAUCUGAACCCCCGAGUAUUAAAGAUGAUGACCUUAUUGACGUUCCCAGUGUUGACGAUAAUAGUGUAGAGCAGCAGACACUGGAGACGCCAGCUGUUCAGACAGACGAAGUAACGAUGGAUCCACCAAUUCCAACGACUGACAAUUCGGAGAUGCCUGCUGUCCAGUUACCUGAUGAUAGCACACCUCCACCCGUAGAGCCAAGUACAACUCCGAUUGCCACUGAAGCAAAGAAAUCUACUGCUAAUCCUCCAGCCGCUUCAAGUCCUUCUUCUUCCGUCAAACCGUCGAAAUCGGCUAAUUCAAAUCGUACAGCGACAUCGGACAACUCAAAGCUCUGCGCCAAGAUGCGAGUAAAAAUUUCAGAGGUUGAUCUUAGUGUAGCUGUCGAUGCGAACGAAGAUGAGGUCAAUUUGAAAGUUGUUGCUAUUGCUGCAUUGCCUUCGGGUGGCUCAAUUAUCGCUGUCCAUAGUGGCGAUACCGUGAUCGUUCGAAAGCUGGACGAAAAUGACGAAUUAGUAAGUACUUCAGACGCAGUAACCGUUCCGAUGCAUGAUUUCGCUGAUAUCUACGCUGACGAUGAUGGCUUUGUGCUACUGGGUACAAGAGAUGCAGAAGGUGGUGGUACUUUGAACUGUGGUAAUCCAAGUAACUUAUGCGGUGAAGCUCCAAACCCGUCUGUCCCGUGCUAUGAUAUGUACCUCAUUCGUUACGACGGGUCGUCAGAAACAUGGGCUACAAAACUGACGUCGUCCAGUACGUCAUUACCACCAUAUUCGUCGGGUAAGACGGGACCAGACGUAUACAUGAUUUGGUGGUACGCACAUCACGGCCGCAUCGCCUCAGACGGAACAAACUGGGCAGCUUAUUUUGGUUGUGCUAUCUCAACGUCCGAGAACGGCUGUAUCAAUAUUCAUCAAGGAGAUCGCAUGAAGGUCGUAGAUCCAUCUGGUAAAAUUCUAACGCAAAAAGAUUCGUUCGAUUGGGGCUGUUCACAUUCUGGUUACGAACGUCUCACGUUCGAUGACCGCAAGAAGGGUUACACGUCAAUAUGUAAGACGGAUAACAACAACCGUAUCAUGCCUCCGAACGAUUGGAGCACAACAAUCUACCCGGUUGAUUUAGCAGCUUCCAACCUCGGUGACAUUGUUCCUGACAGUCAGGCGUCUGGUACGAAAUAUUGGACGACAGUGAGCAAUGGUAACGGCGAGAAUGCCAAAGUCCAUCUGAUUCAUUUUGCCAUCAAUUCUGCGUCUGAUGAUGACAUCACUUUAGGUGGAGAUGAUGCUAAUGAACGUGCACCUCAUCUAGCUUCUAUCGGGGAAGGUGGUUUGUUGGCAAUGUGGGAGGGUAGCUCAGCGGGUGGCGAUUUGGUAGAAGGUGGCGAUCGACAAGUGUACGCUCAAGUUCUAGAUGGGUCGACGGGCAAGACAAUUAGCAGUAAGGAGACAGUUGCCAAGUCUGUAGUCGGAAAUCGUUAUCAAGCUCUCAAAAGUUUUCCCGAUGGUACUGUCGCGUAUUUGUCCAAAGGCACGACAGACACGUCGGAUUGCGAGAGCGUCUUGAUUGUAAAUAUCCACUCACUCAAAGAUUUGCAUCCUAUGCUCCUGAUAGUCUCUUACUUCACUCGCUAG